GCGAAGACGAAACACAGUCUGCCUGCCAUCCCAACACGAGUGAUCGACCGACAGACAUGGGAGACAAAAAGGUGAUGUUCACUGCAGUGGCAGAUCACGGUGGGGAGUAUGGACCCUUCUCAACAGACAGAACUCUGAUUUUCAACAGAGUGAUUACAAACAGUGGUGAUGCCUACAAUCCCACUUCAGGUAUCUUUGUUGCACCUUAUGCAGCUGUUUAUUAUUUUACCUUCUUCUAUCAUGCUGGAGGAGCACGUAAAUCAGCGCUGUCACUGAUCAAGAGCAACAACGUCAUUGUCAAGACAUCUGAUGACAGUGCAGACUUUGACACAGAUAAAAAUGCAGGAAACGUAGCAUUCCUGCACCUGAAAGCAGGAGAAGAGGUGUCUGUGCGUCUGCCUGCACAUUCUCGUGUUUGGGCAGCCGGCAGCACUACCUCCUUCAGUGGUUUUCUGGUCACUCAACUGUGAGAAACGAUGAUUUAAGAAAGAUGAUUCCAAAAACCUGAGAUCAAUGAUGCAUCUACUAUAUUACCAUUAAAAUUUAAAUUUAGAUUAAAACAGAUGCCAAGAC